AUGAUAAUUGUAAAGGACGAGAAGCUCCUCCAAGACAUAGAAGAAGUAUCCAAUACCAAAAAGAACGAGCUUGGGAAACUGGACACAGCAUACAGAAGUGUAGUAGAAUACAAUAGAUGGGUUAUCCCAAACGAGGGCAUCAAGGCUUCAAAGUUCGACAGUAGACUCCUUAACAAAGUGUACAUAGGAAAUUUUACAGGAUCCAGAAGCUCUAUCCAGGAUCUUCUCAGCGUUUUUGGGCCAGUAUCUGUGACAUGCAUAGGAAACAAGGAAUGUGUGUUUGCAGACUUCGACAAUCCACAUGCAGCUUAUUUGUGCAUAGCGGAGAUCAAUGGAGUAAGCUUUAAUGGGAAAACCCUAAAGGCCGGAAGAACCUCUACGUUUCCAUCGGAGAUCCCAAAGGAACUUGGGCCUCCAAAUGAAGUCAUUGUUUAUAUAUCAAACAUAGACCUGGAUAUUGAAGAGGAACAACUAGAAGAUAUCUUUGGAAAGAUGGGGGAAAUUAAGGAAGUAAGACUUGCCUAUGGAUCUUCAUUUAUUCACAAAGGAUAUGGAUAUGUGGAGUUUCUGAGACGGAUCGAUGCAAAAAGAGCUUUGGGAUACAGUAACAAGAUUAUUCUCUAUGGAAAAAGAAUAAGAAUAGGGCCUUGUGUGACCAAAAUGGAGCUACCAGAAAAAAACUACUUUGCAAUUCCCAAGGAGGUGUUUGAGAUAAAGAAGAGAAUUGAAAGUGCUAUAUUUGGCAAAGGAAAAAUGGUUGUUUUGAGAAACCUGAUAGACAUAAAUGAUGCAGAUGACGAUUUUGAUCAAGAAAUGGAGAAUGAGAUGAAAAAGUAUGGAGAUGUUGUAGAAUUUGGAGUACAUAAGAAAGAGGAAGUUGCCGUAUACUGCCUUUAUUCCACGGAAGAUGAAGCCAGGCACGCUUUUAACAUUCUUAAUGGACGUUUUUUUGGAGGAAGAAGAAUUCGCGCGCGGAAAUGUCAUGUGGAAAGUUUCCCUUGUGAGAAUUCCGAAACUAUUUCUGCUUGCAAGCAGAUUUUGUAA